UGACCCAAAAGGAGUGCGAGUUCUCCAGGACACGCAGAGCCCCGUGGGUGAACGGCCUCUAGGUUAUUGCUCCAGAUAUCCUGAGAGUCGGGAUGAACAAGAGGCACGUGAGCGUGGGCCAGCAAACGUGGGCCCUCCUCUGCAAGAAUUUCCUGAAAAAGUGGCGGAUGAAGAGAGAAGCCCUGUUGGAAUGGUUUUUCUCACUGCUGCUGGUGCUGUUUGCGUACCUGUUUUCUUUAGCUGUACACCACACUGAUGACUUCCUUCAGAUGCCUGCCAGGGACCUGGGACGUGUAGAUCACUUCAAUGAUUCUGAUUAUGUUAUUGCAUUUGCACCCGAAUCCAAAACUACCCAGGAGAUCAUGAACAAAGUGGCUUCAGCCCCAUUCAUGAAAGGAAGAACAAUCACAGGAUGGCCUGAUGAAAAAAGCAUGAAUGAACUGGAUUUAAACUACUCUAUAGAUGCAGUGAGAGUCAUCUUUAAUGAUAACUUCUCCUAUCAUUUAAAGUUUUUCUGGGGAGGUAGAAUCCCCAUAAUGAAGGAACACAGAGACCAUUCAGCUCAUUGUAGAACAAGAGAUAGAAAAGUCACCUGUGAAUGCUCACUGUUCUGGGAGAAAGGCUUUAUAGCGUUUCAAGCUGCCAUUAACGCCGCUAUCAUAGAAAUCACAACAAAUCACUCAGUGAUGGAAGAGCUCAUGUCAGCUACUGGUAUCAAUAUGAAGAUACUACCGUUCGUUGUUCAAACAGAAGUUAUGACGAACAUUCUCAUUUUCUUCUGCGUUAUUUCUUUCUCUGUGUUCAUAUACUAUGUAUCAGUCAAUGUUGCCCGGGAAAGACAAUACAUGAAGCCCCUGAUGACAGUGAUGGGACUUCGAGAGGCGGCGUUCUGGCUCUCCUGGGGUGUGACGUACGCCGCCUUCAUCUCGGUCACGGCGACUCUGAUGGCGCUCAUUGUAAAGGCUUCCCGUGUCGUGGUCCUAACGGGCUACGCGGUGGUCUUCGCCCUCACUCUCCUCUAUGGCCUGUCUUUGAUAACUUUAGCCUUCAUGAUGAGUGUCCUGGUAAAGAAGCCCUUCCUCGCCGGCCUGGUCGUCUUCCUGCUCACGGUCAUCUGGGGGGGUCUGGGCUUCACCGCGUUGUACAGGCAUCUUCCUGCCUCUUUGGAAUGGACCUUAUGCCUUCUCAGCCCUUUUGCUUUCACAGCUGGGAUGGCCCAGCUUAUACAUUUGGACUAUGAUGUGAAUGCAAGCACCCAUUUGGACUCUUCAAACCCAAACCUGAUAAUAGCUACUUUUUUCAUGUUGAUUUUUGAUACUUUGCUCUACUUGGUAUUGACAUUAUAUUUUGACAAAAUUUUGCCCACUGAGUACGGACGCCGACAAUCUCCCUGGUUUUUCCUGAAGUCCUCCUUUUGGUUUCCACACCCCAGGGCUGACCACAUGGCCCUUGAGAGCGAAAUAGAUUCGGAUUCUCCACCUAAUGAUGCUUUUGAACCAGUGUCUCCAGAAUUUCACGGGAAAGAAGCCAUCAGAAUAAAAAACCUUAAAAAGGAAUAUAAAAAAGGAAAGCAUGGAACAGUAGAAGCUUUGGAAGGUCUGGUAUUGGACAUAUAUGAAGGCCAGAUCACUGCACUCCUUGGUCACAGUGGAGCUGGGAAAACAACCCUGUUAAACAUACUCAGUGGACUGUCGGCCCCAACAUCAGGAUCAGUCACCAUCUAUAAUCACUCACUUUCGGAAGUGGCUGACUUGGAGACCGUCAGCAAGCUCACUGGAGUCUGCCCACAAUCCAAUGUGCAAUUUGGCUUCCUGACCGUGAGGGAAAAUCUCAGGCUCUUUGCUAAAGUAAAAGGGAUUCAGCCACAGGAAGUGAAGCAAGAGGUACAACGAAUUUUACGGGACUUGGAAAUGGAAAAUAUUCAAGACAUUCUUGCUCAAAAUUUAAGCAGUGGCCAGAAAAGGAAACUCACUUUUGGGAUUGCCAUUCUAGGAGACCCUCAGAUUUUGCUACUGGAUGAACCAACUGCUGGAUCGGAUCCUCUCUCAAGGCACCGUGUGUGGAACCUUCUCAAAGAGAGGAGAUCGGACAGAGUCAUUCUCUUCAGCACCCAGUUCAUGGAUGAGGCUGACAUCCUGGCUGAUCGAAAGGUGUUUAUAUCCAACGGGAAGCUGAAGUGCGCAGGCUCGUCCCUGUUUCUGAAGAAGAAAUGGGGUAUCGGCUACCAUUUAAGUUUGCAUUUGAAUGAAAUGUGCGAUCCAGACAAUAUAACAUCACUUGUUAAACAGCACAUCCCUGAUGCCAAAUUAACAGCACAGAGUGAAGAAAAGCUCAUAUAUAUUUUGCCUUUGGAAAGGACAAACAAAUUUCCAGACCUUUACAGGGAUCUUGAUAGAUGUUCUAACCAAGGCAUUGAGAAUUAUGGUGUUUCUGUAACAACUUUGAAUGAGGUGUUCUUGAAACUAGAAGGAAAAUCAGCUAUUGACGAAUCAGAUAUUGGAGUUUGGGGACAGUUACAAAGUGAUAAGACAAAGGACACAGGAAGCCUUGUUGAGCUGGAACAAGUUUUGUCUUCCUUUCAUGAGACAAAGAAAGCAGCCAGCAGCAUGGCUCUCUGGUGGCAGCAGACCUGUGCAAUAGCAAAAGUCCGCUUCCUAAAGUUAAAGAAUGAAAAAAAACCUCUGAUGACCAUAUUACUGCUUAUGAGCAUUAGCUUUUUCCCCCCGUUUUUGGAAUAUCUAUUCUAUAAGCUAUAUGGAAGGAGUUAUUCUUGGGGACUGUCUCCUGAUAUGUACUUCCUCUCACCGGGACAACCGCCUCAGGCUCCUCUGACACACUUACUGGUCAUCAACAAAACAGGGUCAAGCAUUGAAAGCUUCAUACAGGCACUGAGGCAGCAGAACAUCGCUCUGGAAGUGGAUGCUUUUGGAGCUCGACACGGCCCCGACGAGCCGUCAUACAACGGGGCCAUCACGGUGUCCGGGGACGACAAGAAUCCGAGAUUUUCAGUAGCGUGCAAUACCAGAAGGCUGAAUUGCUUCCCUGUCCUCAUGGACAUCAUCAGCAACGCGCUGCUUAGAGUUUUUAAUUCUUCAGAGCACAUCCAGACAGACAGAAGCACAUAUUUUGACGAGCCCAGUUUAGAGGACUAUGGGCACAUGACCUAUGCCUUCAUCUGGAUCCCUGUGGCGGCCUGUUUUACCCCUUACAUUGCGAUGGGCAGCAUCGGUGACUAUAAGAAAAAAGCUCACUCCCAGCUAUGGAUUUCGGGCCUCUACCCUUCUGCUUACUGGUUUGGGCAGGCGUUGGUGGAUGUCCCACUGUACUUCUCCUUCCUCCUUGUGAUGCAAAUAAUAGAUUACAUUUUUAGCCCAGAUGAAAUCAUAUUCAUAAUCCAAAACCUGCUAGUUCAGAUCCUGUGUAGUAUUGGGUACAUGACAUCCCUUAUUUUCUUCACAUAUGUGAUUGCAUUCAUUUUUCGCAAUGGGAAGAAAAACAGUGGCCUCUGGUCAUUUCUCUUCUUGAUUGUCACCAUCUUCUCGACAUUUUUUAUUGAGGCAACUAAUUAUGGAUUUCUAGGGCUGUUAAUAUGCACCAUAUUGAUACCUCCAUUCACAAUGAUUGGCUCUCUGUUCAUUUUUGUGAAGAUUUCUCCUGACUCUGUGGAAUAUUUAGGAGACUUAGAGUCCCAUCUUGUAUACCUGGCAUUGCUAAUACCUUACUUCCAAUUUUUCCUUUUCGUUUUCAUCCUGCGGUGUCUGGAAGUGAACUUCAGAAACAAAUUGAUGAGAAAGGAUCCUGUAUUCAGAACUUCCCCGAGCAGCGGCGAAGCCCUGCCCAACCCAGAGGAGCCCGAAGGAGAAGACGCGGACGUCCAGGCGGAAAGGGCGAGGGCAGCGAGCGCCGCGGCCGGCCUGCGCUCCCAGCAGAGCCCAGCCAUCGUGGCCAGCUGUCUACGGAAGGAGUACGUCGGCAAAAGGAAACACUGCUUUGCCAAGAGGAAGAAGAAACUGGCCACGAGAAACGUGUCUUUCUGCGUCAGAAAAGGUGAAGUCAUAGGUCUGUUAGGACACAAUGGAGCUGGUAAAAGCACAACUAUUAAGAUGAUCACUGGAGAAUCAAAACCAACUGCAGGUCAGGUGAUUUUGAAAGGGAGAGACGGAGGGGAGCCCCUGGGGUUCCUGGGGUACUGCCCUCAGGAGAACGCGCUGUGGCCCAGCCUGACGCUCAGGGAGCACCUGGAGGUGUUCGCCGCGGUGAAGGGGCUGAGGAAAGCGGACGCCAAGGUCGCCAUCACACGGCUGGUGGAGGCGCUCAAGCUGCAGGACCAGCAGAAGCGGCCCGUGAAGGCCUUGUCCCAGGGAAUCAAGAGAAAGCUGUGCUUCGCGCUGAGCAUCCUGGGAGACCCGUCAGUGGUGCUGCUGGACGAGCCGUCCACGGGCAUGGACCCCGAGGGGCAGCAGCAGAUGUGGCAGGCGAUCCGGGCCACCUUUAGAAACACGGGGAGGGGCGCCCUCCUGACCACCCACUACAUGGCGGAGGCGGAGGCCGUGUGUGACCGCGUGGCCAUCAUGGUGUCGGGAAGGCUGAGAUGCAUCGGUUCCAUCCAGCACCUGAAGAGCAGAUUUGGCAAAGACUACCUGCUGGAGAUGAAGGUGAAGACGCUGGCCCAGGUGGAGGCCCUGCACGGCGAGAUCCUGCGGCUGUUCCCCCAGGCCGCCCGGCAGGAGAGGUACUCGUCGCUGAUGGUCUACAAGUUGCCUGUUGAGGACGUGCGACCCUUAUCGCAGGCUUUCUUCAAAUUAGAGAUAGUUAAACAGACCUUCGACCUGGAGGAGUACAGCCUCUCCCAGUCCACGCUGGAGCAGGUCUUCCUGGAGCUCUCCAAGGAGCAGGAGCUGGAGGAUUUUGACGAGGAAGCUGAUCUGUCCAUGAAGUGGAAGCUCCUGCCCUAGGAAGAGCCUUGA